GAAGUAUGUUUAGUGAUGUGAAUAUCGUGUUUGUUGACUCUAUGUAGUUGUAGUAUUUGAUUUAGCGGUAUUACUGAAUGAUGCGUUUCUGCACCACUGCGACCUUUGUGGUGUUAGCAGCGCUGUGCAAUAUUGCAAUAUCGUCGAACGACAUCUGGUGGCGUGCCGGUAGAAUGACCGGAUUAUUGCUGAACAAGUGUUUCUGGACCGAUGAUGGCAAUCCACUGGAACAUCCAGAACGAAUGGUGAUCAUUCUCAAGGAAUGCUUGAAAAAGCGAGGAUUGAAAAUGCUCGAAUGGGCCGUCGGAGAGGAUGUUAUUGAAGUCGUUGAUGGGGUGAAAUUGGUUAGAUAUCGAGAAAAGAAUAGUACAGAAGAAAGGAUUGUAGCUAUGUCUAGGACUUACAAUCCAACGAAUAGCUGGAAGUUUAGCUACAUUGAUGGCGUAAGAGAAUUAUUAGAGACUCAUAUUUUGGAGAUCAAACUUGCAGCUCUCGAAGAAGUCACACCAGAAGAAGGCAGAAAUCGUCGAAGACAAAACAUGUUUUCACAACUACUCACCUUUGCUUUAAUAGCAGCAUCCUUUAUUGUUAUCCCUAUGGGUUUCCAGUUUCUAGCUAUUUUAGGAGGUAAAGCUUUGCUUUUAGCUAAAAUGGCUUUGCUGCUAACCUCCAUUCAAGGAUUGAAGAAAAUUGCGACCUCCAACUUAAACUACGGACUUUACUCAGCUCCGUUUGGACAACCUAAUCCAUGUAAGAAGUUUGAUUAUCCUGGGUUUGCGGAGGGGCUACUAGAUGACAGAAAAAAUGUUUUUGUCUCUUUUGAUUUUGAAGGGUUGAAAAGUGGUGGUGGAAUAUGGGAUGCGCAUGUGGCUUGUGAGUUUUAGGUGGAGGGCAAAACGACAGACAUUGGCCUUACGAUGGGCCUGAAGGACUUCCUCAUCCUGGCUCCAAUUACUACAGAGAUAUCGAGGGAUCUCCGGAUUUAUUACAUCCAAGAAACGAUGUUGUAGAAAUUUAAGUUACAAUUAAGUAAUAUUGC